CUUAAUGAUAAAAAAAAAAAAUUAUCUUAUCUUCAACAUGAAGGAAUUCUUUAUGGCCAUAAACAUGGAGAUUCUUUGGCAACCAUUGCCAAAAAUAUCAAAUGUGAAUCUACUAUGCCAAAAAAAUGUCCUGAACCAAAAGCUAUAUUUAAUGAAUCUGCAUUAGAAGAACUUAGAAAAAUGGUUAUACAAGAUACCAAACACUCUGAAGAGUUUGAUGAAUCAUGUCUUGUUCCUACUUUAGGAUAUAAUUCUGGUCUUAUGUUCUGGAGGUGUUUCUUGUGGCAUGGGUUAGGAUCUAUAGUUUCUAUUCAUAGUACUAUAAAUGGUAAAGUUUAUACUAAACUUAUAAGAAGACAUGCUAUUUCUGCUAUACAUCAAUUAGUAUCUAAUGGACAAG